GGGCCCCCGACAGGGACCCACUCGAACAGCGGACCUGAACGGUCGCAAAAGAAACGGUUUUUUUUUUUUUUUUCUGAAAAAAAACUUCCGAUCAGGUACAUAAGGAGUCAUCUGCCAUUCUUUUUCUCUUGAAGUGAUCGUCAUUCGAAUAUUGAGGAAUUUUCAUUCAAUUUUAAGAUUAGAUUCGAAAAUGAGUGCAUAUGGCUUAUUAACGAUAUUGCUUUUCACCUUUGUGAAUACUUUAUUUGCAUCUCCCGUUAAAAAUGCAGGAGUUCCAUUAUAUACAGCAGGAAAAGCAAAUUCGCAUAAGUACAAAGUCGUCUGCUACUACGGCAGCUGGGCUGUUUAUAGACCUGGCGAUGGCAAAUUCCCUGUAGAAGAAAUCGAUCCUUUCAUCUGCACUCAUCUAAUCUAUGGUUUCGUCGGUCUUGGUUUCGACAACAGAAUCCGCUGUCUUGAUCCUUAUUACGAUUUGGAAGAGAACUAUGGAAAAGGGGCCUUCAAACGAUUCACGGGUCUCAAGCAGAUUAAUCCAGAACUGAAAACCAUCGUAGCCAUCGGUGGCUGGAAUGAGGGGUCCACUCGAUAUUCCAAUAUGGCGUCGUCUCCCGCCACUAGAAAGAUCUUUGUGGACAGCGUAGUGGAAUUCGUGAAAAAGCAUAAUUUCGAUGGAUUAGAUAUGGAUUGGGAGUACCCAGCCACUAGAGGUGGAAAACCAGAAGAUAAACAAAAUUUUGUUGCUCUUCUGAGGGAAUUGAAAACUGAAUUCCAAAAACAUAAUCUCUUGUUAACUGCUGCGGUAUCAGCUGGAAAACACACCAUCGAUGAAGCUUACGAUAUACCUCAAGUUUCACAAUACUUGGAUUUCAUCAACGUGAUGUGUUAUGAUUACCACGGUGGAUGGGAAAGCUUCACUGGACAUAAUGCUCCUUUGUAUGCUCGACCCGAUGAUAAUAAGGAAAAUCAAAUGCUCAAUCUGAAUUACUCCAUAAACUACUGGAUUUCCAAAGGAGCUCCAAGAGAAAAGCUUAUCUUGGGAAUGGGACUUUAUGGAAGAUCUUUCACUCUUCAGAGAGCCGAAGUCAACGGAUUCAAUGCUUCGGCACCUCAGAAAGGCAGAGCCGGACCUUACACAAGAGAACCUGGAUCACUAGGUUACAAUGAAAUCUGUGAGGCCCAGAAGCAGCAGCAAUGGAACAUUGUCUGGGACGACUAUUAUAUGUCUCCUUAUGCAUACCAAGAUAGACAGUGGGUCGGAUACGACAAUGAAGCCAGUAUCAGGUUGAAAGUGAAUUAUGCUAAAUAUUACCGACUUGGUGGAGGCAUGGUAUGGUCAGUAGAGACAGAUGACUUCAAAGGAAAGUGUGGGCGAAAGUAUGGACUUUUGACAGCCAUUAACGAAGAAUUCGCCAGCCCUUCAGUAGCUCUGCCACUUCCACCCCCAACUCCAGUCACUUCGGUUCCAACCAUCUCCACCUCUGCAGCACCCUUUUCACCUUCAGCUGCACCCUCAACAACAUCUACCACUACCACCACUACAACAACAACCACCACCACACCAAGACCUGUCACUACACCCUCAACGACUACUACAACGACACCUCCUCCUGUGCCAUCAACAUCUAAGUCUCCACAUCAUGAUCCAGUAGAGACACCAACUUUUGUCUGCACCCAGUCUGGAUUGCAGAGGGAUCCAAGAGAUUGCCAGAAGUUCCACUCUUGCGUAUCUGUCCAUGGACCAACUGGAUCAACCUUCCUCCCCUAUGAAUUCUCGUGUCCACCUGGUACAGUCUUCGAUGACAAAAUCCAGGGUUGCAACUCUCCAGCCUUGGUACCAGGCUGUGAGAACUCCACAACGCAGAUGUUUAGCUUUUUCAGACCUAAUUUUUAAGUUGCUUUUGGUCGAUCGAAUAUUCAAACAUCUCUGAUUGACUGAAUGGGUUUUAUUAUGAAAAGUAUUUAUAUUCAUUUUUGGCAACGGAAAAAACAACAAACUUUAAACAUAUCAUUAGAAUAUAUUUAAUACAUUUAAUCGUAUUAAAUAUUCGAUUUUUCAUGCUAAAUGUUAGGAAGAAAUAUGCACUCUAGACACUGAAUAUGUUCUUGAUUUUGAAGAAAUUCGAUUUAAGAAGAUUACUUCUAAGAAAUUGCCAGUUUAAUUUUUAAGGAUUAUCAUGCGCAUAGAAAUAUGUUUUUCGCAAAAUGUAUUUUUUUUUUUUUUUUUUUUUUGCAUGUAAGUAAUUUAAUAUUUAAAAUAAUGGAAUUAAAAAGUAAGGACACAAACCUUGCAUUCGAAACAAACAUUUGAGUAAAAACUCUGCAAGUAAAAUAUUGUUUGAAAUAUAUAGAAGUCAAAAUAUAUUUUUCUAUUCAGAUACGAAUUGAACAUUUUUAUUACUCUUUUUCAUUUUGAUUCAACCCAACAAAUAUUCAGUGUUUAUAGGAUAUGCAAUAUUUAUUCUUUUUAAUUUUGAAUUUCUUUGAAGUACGUAAAUGAAAAAUUUGUUAUUUUAUUUUAAUAACGCUUAUUUGUAUAAAUUCCAUUUUUUUGUUUAGAAUUGUUCAAUGUUUAGAAUAAGUUUCUAAAAAUUCUAAAUUUGUGUAGAAAAAUAUUUAUUUAUUGAAGUAUAUGUAUUUGUUUUGUACUGUUUAUUUAUUUAACGCCUCCAGAAAGAAUUAUUUGUAAAAAAAAAUUGUAAAAUUGUUUAAAAUUGUAAAUAUUGGCAGUAUUUAAAAAUAGCAUGUAAAUAUAACGUUUUAAAAUUUAAAUAUAUUUUUGAGCUGCUUAUUUUGAAAAUGUUAUGAAAAUCAUAAAUGUAUCUUGUAUUGGUAAUAUUGUCCCAUCUUUUUUUCAUUAUUAUUUAUUAUUUCAUUAUUCUUUCAUUUAUAAAUAAAGAUAAUGAAACAUCUCUCGGGAAGAAUUUAAAAAAAAAAUUUCUUCCGGUUUCAAAUUUAAUGUGUUAUUAAUUAUCUUUGUGCUUUUAUGAAUUAUUACUGUUUUUUAUGAUCAUGGGUGGAUAGCCCCCGGUGAAAAAAUGUAAAUAAUAAAUGUAGAAAAAAAUUAUAUUAAAAAUGCACCAAUUAAAGCAUGCAAUUGUGGUUUAGUUGAUUCCUAAAGAAUCUAAUAUUGUACCCUGUAUCUGCUUAUUUUUACAUAUUGUUUUGUAAUAAAAAUAAUUUUC